GCCUUCUGAAUCCCAGAAAGCGAAACGGUACACCGUUUUUUCGUUUUGUGCUCACUGGACUGACCCACCGCUGGCUCGAACGGAAAAACCCAUGGCGACGGAAAAAGCCCUCGCCGAGGGCGUCGACGUCGGCCGGCGCGGCGCGUCGGCGUCGGCGUCGCGCUUCGCUCCGACGGCCACCGGGGCCGACGCCCGGUCCACCGCCGUCUCCGUCGAGCAGCACACCGAGGACAGAGACCUCUACGACGCGAUCUUCGCUUCUCUUCUCCCAACCAGGCCACAACGCCUCAGCGAGGACGGCGCCGGUGGCGGCGGCGGCGGCGUGCGAGCCCUGGACCCGGUUCCCACCGAAACACGGCGGUCUUCGUCUUCGCGAAAGCGGAAGAAGAAGCCCUACAGCGGCUCCUCGGUGACCGAAACAGGUCAGCCCUCGAAUUCCAAGCCCUGUCCUUCGUUUGUCUGUGAAAUCUGCGCCCUGCCGAGGAGGAACAAGGACCCUUUUCGUGUCACGGGCUGUGGUCACGCGUGUUGCAACGAUUGCGUUACGAAACACGUAGCUUCGAAGCUUCGCGACAACAUGACGCGCGUAGGCUGCCCUGUGUCGGGCUGCGGCGGCGUUCUGGAGCCGGGCUGUUGUAGCUCGAUACUCCCUCCGGAGCUGUUCGAUCGUUGGGGCAAUGCAUUGUGCGAGGCUCUGAUUUCGGAGGCGGAGAGGUUUAACUGCCCGUUUAAGGAUUGCUUGGCGUUGUUGAUCGACGACGGAGGCGUGGUCGUGAGGAAAUCGGAGUGUCCGAAUUGCCGGAGACUAUUCUGUGCACAGUGUAGAGUGCCGUGGCAUGCAGGGUUUAAGUGUGAGGAGUUUCAGUGGUUGAAUGAGGGAGAGAAAGGGAAUGAGGACAUAAUGAUUAAGCUGGCUCAGUCUUCGUCCUCGCGAAAGCCAAAGCGCAAGAGGAAACCCUACAGUGGGUCAUUGGUCACCGAAACAGAUCAGCCGAUGAAACCCAAGCCUGAUCCUUCAUUUAUCUGUGAAAUUUGCAUCGAGCCAAGGACAAACAGCGACCUGUUUCCGAUUAAGGGUUGUAGUCAUGCAUAUUGCAAUGAUUGCGUUACUAAAUACGUAACUUCAAAGCUUCACGACAACGUGACGCGCAUAGACUGCCCUGUCUCUGGCUGUGGCGGCGUUCUGGAGCCGGAGUAUUGUAGGUCGAUACUCCCUCCGGAGGUGUUCGAUCGUUGGGGCAAUGCAUUGUGCGAAGCUCUGAUUUUGGAGGCGGAGAGGUUUUACUGCCCAUUUAAGGAUUGCUCAGCGUUGUUGAUCAAUGAUGGAGAUGCGGUCGUGAGGGAAUCGGAGUGUCCGAAUUGCCGGAGAUUGUUUUGUGCACAGUGUAGAGUGCCGUGGCAUGCAGGGGUGGAGUGUCAGGAGUAUCAGGGGUUAAUUGAGGGGGAGAGAGGGAAGGAGGACAUAAUGUUGAUGAAGCUGGCUAAGAAGAAGCAUUGGAGGAGGUGCCCUAAGUGCAGGUUCUUUGUUCAGAAGAUUUCUGGUUGCGCGUUUGUGAAGUGCAGGUGCGGAGUUGAAUUCUGCUACCGAUGUGGAGCCCAGGCAAAAGAAUCGCAUUAUUGUACUGAAUGUCGGUGUUGAAUCCUCUUGGUACUAUGUACCUAUCUCUUCUUUAGGCUAUUGCAGCACGGUGGUAUAUACAUCCUGAUACGGGAGCAUCAUGCUCAAUGGAACAACUAUCAAGCUCAACUCAUAUUUCGUUGAUUGAUCCAAGACCAAUCCUUCCUCCUGCAAGCAAAGGCAAGUUUCGGCUAUAGGGUCCAUGUCUGAAGAUGUUGAUUCAACUUGGAGCAUCACCCUCGAUGGACAUAUUUGGAGUGUUCAAUAUUAGAUACAUGCGUCUGGUCUUUACUUAAAUGUAUUUAGUUCUUAGUUUUUAUGAAUCUUUAUUGUGAAGUCUGUUUGAAGUAGAUUCGUCAAAAUGGAUCACUUCUUAAUCCUUAUACGAUGGACUGAGUUGUUAUA